AUGGAGUCAAGUCAAGUUCGUCAUGGCGAGCCUGCCGACCCUCUCGCCAAGGGCAUCGUCGCCACUGCCAAACAAUCCCUCCGGGACCUCCUUAUCUGGAAGCAGCGCGUCGUUGUUGUCAACGAGAACGGCGAGACGGCCACGGAAUGGCACGACCCAGACCCCAUCCAGAACCCCAUCAGCCUGAUGGCCCAGCUCUCCGCCAAGGACUGGGUCUUCUUCAUCGUCGGCUUCUCAGCCUGGACCGCCGAUGCCUUUGACUUCCACGCCCUCUCCAUCCAGACCGUCAAGCUGGCCAAGUACUACGACACCACCAAGACGAACAUCACCACGGCCAUCACCCUGACGCUUCUCCUCCGCUCCCUCGGCGCCGCCGCCUUCGGCCUCGCUGGUGACAAGUGGGGCCGCAAGUGGCCCAUGGUCUUCAACAUGAUUAUCCUCGGCGUCCUGCAGAUUGCCACCAUCUACAGCUCCACCUUCUCCCAGUUCCUUGCCGUCCGAAGUCUGUUCGGCUUGUUCAUGGGCGGUGUGUACGGAAACGCCAUUGCCAUGGCGUUGGAGUCGUGCCCUGCGAACGCUCGAGGCUUGAUGUCCGGCAUUUUGCAGCAGGGGUACUCGUUUGGCUACGUCUUGGCAGCCUGCGCCAAUCUUGGCGUCGGUGGCGCAGUCAACACCUGGAAGACAGUUUUCUGGAUUGCCGCCGGCAUCUCCAUCCUCAUCGGCAUCAUCCGCAUCUUCUUCCCCGAGUCCCAGCAGUUCCUCGACGCCAAGGCCAAGGGCAAGAAACAACAAUCUUCCCCCGGCGCCUUCUGGCGAGACUGCAAGAAGAUGCUCGUCCAGGAGUGGAAGAUGUGUGUCUACUGCAUUAUCCUGAUGACCUGGUUCAACUACUACUCGCACACCUCGCAAGACUCCUACACAACUUUCAUGCUCGAGCAGAAGGAGCUGGCCAACGCCGGUGCCUCUCGCGCCUCCAUCAUGAUGAAGGUCGGUGCCUGUGUCGGCGGCACCAUCAUCGGCUACCUCAGCCAGUUCAUCGGCCGUCGACGAGCCAUCAUGAUGUCCGCCUUCAUGUCCGCACUUCUCAUCCCCGCCUGGAUCCUCCCCGAGGGCGAGCGAAGCCUGAGCGCCUCGGGUUUCUUUAUGCAGUUCUUCGUCCAGGGCGCCUGGGGUGUCAUUCCCAUCCACCUCAACGAGCUGUCGCCCCCUGCUUUCCGAUCUUCCUUCCCCGGUGUCACCUACCAGAUCGGCAACAUGAUCUCGUCUCCCUCUGCGCAGAUCGUCAAUGCCAUUGCUGAGAAGACUUUCGUGACCCUGAAGAAUGGCGACAAGGUGGAGGCAUACGGCCCCGUCAUGGGCGUUGCCACUGCUAUCAUUGCCCUGGGAAUCAUCGUCACCGCCAUGCUUGGCCCCGAGAAGCGCGGCCGCGCUUUUGAGCACGCUGUUGCUGGUAUGCAGGAGGAGGUCAUCCCCCACAAGGAUAUCGAGACUGGAAGCAUUGACAAGGUCGAGUUGGAGGACCGUGCCAAGGUUGAGCAGGAGGAGCGGAAAUAAGUUCCUUAGACGAGCUACAGGUCAUAAACUUGUGGUGAAUGAUAGUCAAGUAUAUCAGCACCCUAAAUCAAGG